GGAACCCACAUUAACCGUCAGAUCUCUCUCCACCGCUUUUAUAAUUCCCCCUCUGCCGCUCCCAAUCCUCACCAUCUGCAGAUCUCUCCCACUACCUCUCUCCCUCUAUUUCAAAUUUUGAAUCUCUGAAGAUCUAGAGGUCACUUAGAUCUAAGGUAAAAAAUGAGAGAGAUCCUUCACGUUCAAGGAGGGCAAUGCGGUAACCAGAUCGGAUCCAAGUUCUGGGAGGUGGUCUGCGAUGAACAUGGCAUAGAUCCUACUGGGAAGUACAUUGGGACCGCAGAUCUGCAGCUUGAGCGUGUCAAUGUGUACUACAAUGAAGCCUCUUGCGGGAGAUAUGUUCCUCGAGCUGUGCUCAUGGAUUUGGAGCCUGGUACAAUGGACAGCGUCCGGACAGGUCCUUAUGGUCAGGUUUUCAGGCCUGAUAAUUUCGUUUUUGGACAGUCUGGUGCAGGAAAUAACUGGGCUAAGGGUCACUAUACUGAGGGUGCUGAGCUUAUCGAUGCGGUUCUUGAUGUUGUUCGGAAGGAGGCGGAGAACUGUGACUGUCUUCAAGGUUUCCAGGUCUGCCACUCAUUGGGUGGAGGAACUGGUUCUGGAAUGGGCACCUUGCUCAUUUCAAAGAUUCGUGAGGAGUACCCAGACAGGAUGAUGCUCACUUUCUCUGUAUUCCCUUCACCGAAGGUUUCUGAUACAGUGGUUGAGCCUUAUAAUGCCACUCUUUCUGUUCAUCAGUUGGUGGAGAAUGCAGAUGAGUGCAUGGUUCUGGAUAAUGAAGCUCUGUAUGAUAUCUGCUUCAGGACUUUGAAACUGACUACUCCAAGCUUCGGUGAUCUGAACCACUUGAUCUCUGCAACUAUGAGUGGAGUAACUUGCUGCCUCAGGUUCCCUGGUCAACUCAACUCUGACCUCCGAAAGCUUGCUGUGAAUCUUAUCCCCUUCCCUCGUCUCCACUUCUUCAUGGUUGGGUUUGCUCCUUUGACAUCACGUGGAUCUCAGCAGUACCGUGCCCUAACAGUCCCAGAACUGACUCAGCAAAUGUGGGAUGCCAAGAACAUGAUGUGUGCUGCUGAUCCAAGGCAUGGGCGUUAUCUCACUGCCUCUGCCAUGUUCCGUGGAAAGAUGAGCACCAAGGAAGUUGAUGAGCAGAUGAUCAAUGUCCAAAACAAGAACUCAUCAUACUUUGUUGAGUGGAUUCCAAAUAAUGUGAAAUCAAGUGUCUGUGACAUUCCACCUAGGGGUCUUUCCAUGGCAUCCACGUUCAUUGGGAACUCUACUUCCAUCCAGGAAAUGUUCAGGAGAGUGAGUGAACAAUUCACUGCCAUGUUCAGGAGAAAGGCCUUCUUGCACUGGUAUACUGGUGAAGGAAUGGAUGAGAUGGAGUUUACUGAAGCUGAAAGCAACAUGAAUGACCUUGUGUCUGAGUAUCAGCAGUACCAGGAUGCAACUGCUGAUGAGGAGGGUGAGUACGAAGAUGAUGAGGAAGAGGAAAUGGAGCAUAUGUGAAGUAAGAAGUGAUUAUUGGCUUCGUUUUGGUAUGUUUGGUUUACACAAUCUGCCAUAUGCUUGUAAAAUGGGAAUUAACUUCAGCAGGAGCAGAAAAUUACCCAUUUUCAUUUCCCCUAGUUAAGAAGUAAUGGCUGGUGAGGGUGCCAAGUAGAGUAGAUGCUUGGAAGUAGCUAUGCGAUCUAUGUUUUAAUUUCGUUAUAUUAUCUAGUAUGUCACUUCAUAUUUCAAUUGAUAAAUUUGUACUAUGCACGCUCUCUUCCCUAUAUAUAGAUAUAUAUAGAGGAUAUUGCUAAAUUUAUGGAUGUUGAAAGUUGGCUUGGUGAUUA